UUGGAUUUGUAGUUUCAAGUUUUGGGUUUUUGUCAGAGCCUCUCUCUCUCUCCAUUCACGUGGUUGCUCUGAGACGCCCAUUAAUUUUUCAUUUUGGGUUGAUUGAGCAUCAAAUAGAGAAGAAAUUGAUGUUGUGGCCAAGGGAAAUUUUGGUGUUUGGUUUAGUAGUGGGAUUGGUGUUCGUGGUUGCUCAAGCACAGAAUGGGACUCAACCUACUACGGAUGUUAAUGAUGCUAGAAUUGUGAACUCUAUGUUCCAAAGAUGGGGUAAAAGUGCAGACCAGACUCAGUGGAACAUAAGCGGAGAGCUUUGCAGUGGAGACGCCUUAGACACAGCUUCUGCAACAAUCGAUGACCAGUCUCAUAACCCAUUUAUCAAAUGCACCUGCACUUUCAACAAUGGCUCCACCUGCCGCAUUAGUGCACUAAAAGUCUAUGCAUUGGACAUUGUGGGUGCACUUCCUGAUGAGCUAUGGAAUUUGACUUACCUAACAAAUCUGAAUUUAGCUCAAAAUUACUUGACGGGUCCCCUGCCUUCAUCCAUUGGAAAUUUAAUUCGCAUGCAAUACUUGAAUAUCGGCAUUAAUGCAUUAUCAGGGGAGCUUCCAACGGAACUUGGUUUACUAACUGAUUUAAGAUCAUUUGGAUUUGGAUCAAACAAUUUCUCUGGUCCUCUACCAUCUGAGCUUGGGAAUUUAUUAAAAUUAGAACAAAUAUAUUUUGAUAGUGCUGGAGUAAGCGGCGAGAUUCCUUUAACAUUCAGUAAUCUGCGGAACAUGGUUACAGUGUGGGCAUCAGACAAUAAUCUCACGGGCAGGAUUCCUGACUUCAUAGGAAACUGGUCACUCCUUAAAACCUUGAGAUUUCAAGGAAACUCUUUUGAAGGUCCAAUACCGUCUACAUUUUCCAAUUUAACGAAUGUGACAGAGUUGAGAAUCACUGGGUUAUCUAACGGGGGCUCCUCGCUGGCAUUUAUUAGGAAUAUGAAGUCUUUAACUAUCUUGGAACUACGGAAUGAUAAUAUAUCUGAUUCAAUUCCAUCAGACAUAGGAGAGUACGGGAGCUUGACACAGCUGGAUUUGAGCUUUAACAGGAUAAUUGGCACUAUUCCUGACUCGCUUUUCAAUCUGAGUUUUCUCACCCAUUUGUUCCUUGGAAACAAUACUUUAAACGGAACUCUUCCUGCGGAAAAAAGCUCGACUCUUAACAACAUAGAUGUUUCAUAUAACAAUCUGGUGGGAAGCUUACCAUCUUGGGCCAAUACUGACAAUUUACAACUUAACUUGGUUGCCAACAACUUCACAAUAGAGGGUUCAAACAGCAGUUCAAGACUCAUCUGUCUUCAAAAGAACUUCCCUUGCAAUAGAGGCCUUGGAAGAUAUUAUGACUUUGCAAUUAAGUGUGGGGGUCCACAGAUUACAUCAAAUAACGGAGGAAUUGUGUAUGAGAGAGAUAAUGAAACUCUUGGUCCAGCAAAAUAUUUUGUUACAGACACAAAUAGGUGGGCAGUUAGUAAUGUCGGACUCUUUGGUGGCUCUAAUAAUCCUCAGUACAGAAUAUUUUCAUCAUCUCAAUUCACAAACACUCUAGACUCGGAAUUGUUCCAAACAGCACGUGUCUCAGCUUCAUCACUGAGGUACUAUGGCUUAGGACUCGAGAAUGGCAACUACACUGUGAACCUCCAGUUUACGGAAUUUUCUAUUGAGGACACCAUAACAUGGAAAAGUCUCGGGAGACGUGUCUUUGAUAUUUACAUCCAGGGAAACCGUGUUUUAGAGGAUUUUGACAUAAAAAAGGAGGCAGGUGGAGUUUCUAAAAGAGCUGUUCUGAGGAAUUUUACGGCUCAGGUGACAGAAAAUUAUUUAGAAAUUCAUUUGUUCUGGGCUGGAAAAGGCACUUGUUGCAUCCCAGCACAAGGAACAUAUGGACCUUCUAUUUCAGCAAUCAGUGCAACCCCAAAUUUCGUACCCACUGUUAGUAACAAUCCUCCUGGCGGCGGCAAGAAGAAUCAAACUGGUCUUAUUGUGGGUGUUGUUCUUGGUGUUGGAGUUGCAUGUUUUGUAAUUGUAUUUUUCAUUUUCUUCAUUGUCCAAAGGAAAAGGCGCCAGGAUUAUGAAGAUCAAGAGCUCCUGGGAAUAGAUACCAAACCUUACACUUUCACUUAUGCUGAACUGAGGACUGCUACUGAAGACUUCAAUCCUCACAAUAAGCUCGGAGAGGGAGGAUUUGGACCUGUUUAUAAGGGAAAACUCAAUGACGGGAGAGUAGUUGCUGUGAAGCAACUCUCUGUGACAUCCCAUCAGGGAAAGAGCCAAUUUGUGACAGAGAUUGCUACCAUAUCUGCUGUGCAACACCGUAACCUUGUCAAGUUGUAUGGAUGCUGCAUUGAGGUAGAUCGACGACUCCUUGUCUAUGAGUAUCUGGAAAACAAGAGUCUUGAUCAAGCACUAUUUGGCAAGACGCAUAUGAAUCUGGACUGGCCAACACGCUAUGAUAUAUGCUUGGGGAUAGCUCGAGGUCUUGCUUAUCUUCAUGAGGAAUCAAGGCUCCGAAUUGUACACAGAGAUGUGAAGGCCAGCAAUAUUCUGCUGGACUCUGAACUUAUCCCCAAAAUUUCAGAUUUUGGCUUGGCCAAGCUAUAUGAUGAUAAGAAGACCCACAUAAGCACACGAGUUGCCGGGACAAUUGGAUAUCUUGCUCCGGAGUAUGCCAUGCGUGGACACCUUACAGAGAAGGCUGAUGUAUUUGCCUUUGGCGUUGUGGCUCUUGAAAUCAUUAGUGGUAGGCCAAAUUCCGACUCAAGUUUGGACUCGGAAAAGAUGUAUCUUCUAGAAUGGGCUUGGCAACUACACGAAAACGAAAAUGAAGUAGAACUGGUGGACUCCAAUCUUUCAGACUUUGACGGGGAAGAAGUAAAACGUAUUAUGGGAAUAGCUCUUUUGUGCACUCAGACAUCGCCACAUCUAAGACCUUCAAUGUCCCGAGUGGUGGCAAUGAUUUCUGGAGAUAUCGAAGUGGGCACUGUAACUUCAAGGCCUGGAUACUUGACUGACUGGAAAUUUGAUGAUAUAAGCAGCUUCAUGAGUGAAAAUGCUAUUAAAGGAAGCGAUGGGAGUCAUUACAACUCGUCCACAAGUACAAACACAGCCGCCAAUGCACUUCGUUCACCGGGAGAUGGUACUACACCCAUGCUAAGUGAGAUUAUUGGCGAGGGUCGAUAAGACUUGUCUUUUUCGGCCCUAUUUUGAGAUAUUGAACAAUACAUGUACAUAAUUGUGAAAUCAUGAUGAGGGGAUUUCCAUUUCUAAAUUUUGUAUUUUCAUUACUUGUUUGUCAUUUAUGGGAUCAUGAUAACUAUCUCCUUGAUUUUUGGCAUAUGUAAUGUUUGGUUUUCAUUUGCUUUUGUGGGUGCAAGCCAAAAUUAUUAGUUAUGUAUGGUAAAAAAGAGCAUGAGACUUACUCCUUGCUUCCCAUA